AUGGAGCACCAACAAUAUGAUGGAAUAUUAACAGCAUUUCUAAGAGGAGAAAAUGGAAGAGUCACAUUUGAAGUCCGGUAUCCUGUUAGGAAUGGUGUUUAUGAAGUAAUUCCUUCUAUUUCAUUUCGAGCUCCCGAAAGAAACUUGAUUUUGUCACAUAUGUUUGUUGAAGAUGCUAACCUUAUCCUUUGCGAAAGGAACGACAACCUUAUCAAUGAUCUUCUUCAUAGGAUAAAUCCGCAAGAUAUCUUGCCGAUUUAUGCUCUAGGCAACCACUACAUUCUUCAAGAUAACAACAUCAACCAUGUUCAUGUUCCUACAAGAAGACAUUUUGUUCAUAACUUUGAAAGAAUUAAAAUUCAUGAAGAAACGACAGCUCAAACUUCGACAUGUUCUAUAUGUCUUGUUGAUUUUUCUUUUGGGUCGAAAGCAAUUCGCUUGCCUAGUCCAUGUUCACAUGUUUAUCAUGAGAAUUGUAUUAUGAGGUGGCUCAAUGAAUCAAACACAUGCCCUUUGUGUCGUAGACUUAUCUCCUAA